AUGAUCGGAUUACUCUUCCUCGCCGUGUCUCCUUUCCUGAGCACUGUCUCAGCAGUCUGUUGCUUAGGAACUACGCCGGGUGGUGCUCCUACAACUGAUUGUCCUACAACUAGAAAUGGCAGAUCCGGGCAGGAAACUAAAGCCCACUGGGAAUGCUGUUAUGUUCCACAACUUUCAUCACAUAACUGCAGGAAUGAUUACGGCAAAGAUUACGGCACGUACUUCGGACCAGCGUCGCAGAACUCUUGUCACAAGGAUUCAACCAACGAGCAAGAGAACGGGCGAUGGAUCUGCGUCGAAUAG